AUGAGAGUGAUUGUCCGUUGUAAGCCAACGACCAAAGAACGAUUGAUCCAGUUGGAGAAGAACGAAUUCAUACUCCAAAGACCCAAGUCGAACCUCCGCAAGAACUAUCCCUUCGAGCGGGUCGUCAGUGAGACAGAGAGCACGCCUGAGCUCUACAAGAACCACCUCCAGGACCUCGUGGAUCAUAUCCUUCGAGGAAGAAGCAGCUCCGUCAUCGCGUUUGGAGCAGGAGGAACAGGAAAGUCUUACACGACGAGGGGGGUGGAUGGGUUGGUGCGGAGCUUCGGAAGGGACAUCUUCAAAGGUCUGAGAGGAGAUACCAACAGCAUGCUCUCCUUGUCUGUCCUGAUGUCAGCUAUUACAGCUCCAGUCCAGUCGAACAUGACGGGGAGGCAGAUCACGCACGAAGUCCUGCUGGAUGGCUUGCUUCCGGCUGGUGACGUGGGGGACUAUCGAGGAGGUCUCCAUGUGCGCGAGCACCCGAGCAAGGGAUUCUUCGUGGAGGGCCUUAACGAGGUCGUGAUCAACAGCGAGGAGGAGCUGGAGAAGUUUAUAGACAGCGCUCUGCACAACUGCAACGCUGAGGAUGAAAGGAGGACUGCUGGUGGCAAUGGGGCGCCGCUGAAGGUGCACUGCCUGUUCUCCUUCAAGGUUCGGAGAAGGGAUGGCAGCGGGAUGGUGGACACAGCAGAGCUGCAGGUCGUGGAUCUUGCGGGAUACGCAAGGGAGAAGAAGGGAGGGGCGCAGAUAGCGCGGGGAGGAGAGAAGAGUGGACCCUUGGGUGAAGAUAUCGUGUUGAAAGCCUUCCUUCGCAUCAUGAGCAGCUUGGAGAUGAACUCGUCGCACAUCCCGCUGAGAGACUCCAAGAUGACGAGGGUGCUGAGCAAGGCGCUCAGCGGCCGAUGGCUGUGCGCGACGGUGACGCACGUGGCCAUGGAUAGCUACGAGGAGAGCGAGGCUGUGCUGCUGCUGACCAUGAAGUUCUGCUCCAUCACCUUCUCAACAAGGACCAAGGACGACAAGAGGCUAGAGGAUGUGGCGGGGAAGAAGGAGCGGAUCCAGCACUUGUGCAGCAAGGGCACAGCUGGAGAUAAGCUGGAAGGGCUCAAGUCGUCAUCCAUCUGCAUCGAGCACGUGGCAUCGGAGGAGCUGCUGGAGCUGCGGGAGCUGCUGGCAGAGGUGGAGGCGAUUGGGAAGAACCAUGAGGAGUGGGAGGCAGUCUGCUCUUCAUCCGACAGGUUCAAGGCCGGGGAGGGAACUAUGGUUGCCCGGCUAGACCGCAAGGCGAAGGUGCAAGGGAGGGAGGGAGGAGAGGGGAGGAAGGCGGCGGGAAGGGAGCUGAGCGUGAGGGAGAAUGUGAACGUGCAAGUGACGGAGGGGCACAACAUGGCGGAGAUCUCGACGAAACUCGCGCUGCUGAGGGAGAGGAAGGCACUGCAUGCAAAGAAGUAG